GGCGGAUGGAGCCCGGCCCAGCCCCAGCACUCACCAUUUUGGCGGCGGCGGCCCGGAGAGAAAGCGCCGACCGGAAGCGGAAGUGAAUCUCUCAAUGGAUAAGAGAUUCCAGAUGACAACACCAACUCACGGACCACCGACCCAAGAAACCCACUGAGCCAAACGAAGAGGAAGACUGAACACGUGGCCUAAUUAACAUAAGAAGUGGGGGAAUCAUUUAACACUACAAGAUAGAAUACUAAUGACUGAUGUAAUCUGUAGCCAAUGAAGAUUAACGUUUUCAUUUGCUAAAACGUAGAAACAGUGAAAAGUUUUGAUAGUCACUCUGCUGGCUUUGUGAAUUUCCCAGUAAAAGCUCUUUCCACGCAGAACUGUAAAUAAAAAUACCUCGGUUCCGUGUGGGGAUCAGCCAGCCCCUUGCACAUGGGGUGAAAGAACCGGUUUUGGGACAGCACAAGGAUGGUCAGCCAACUGAGCCAACACCUGGCACUGCCCACAGCCCGGGGCAGGCUCCGGCCACGGCCGCUGGCCUGGUGACCCCACGGCAAUGGCCCGGCUGACUGCAGGAGGAAACACAAGUGCUGCCUUUGAGUCAGAAAACUAAAAAAGGGGAACCGAAAGGGUGGGGUUGGCCGGCCCCGUCCUUCCUCCCUGCGCACCCUGCCGUCUCUCCUCGUCCCUGCUGCCACAGGCACCCCAACCCGCCGGGGCGGGCGCGGCGGAGCCCCGGCUGGCCGGAGCGGCGGCGGGAGGGCUCGUUCCAUCCAGAGGACGCAGUGAGGACGUGUCCCACCUGCCUGGCACUGCUGGCCAUGACCCCGCUGCUGUGACUCCAGCAAGCCAGUGAGCGCAGCACGGGGGAGCCCAGGGGGUUGACAUGGCCAGCGUCAUCCUGGAGAGCAUCUUCUUGAAGCGCUCGCAGCAGAAGAAGAAAACAUCUCCCCUCAACUUCAAGAAGCGCCUGUUCCUGCUGACGGAGAGCAAGCUGUCCUACUAUGAGUAUGACUUUGAGCGGGGGCGCCGGGGCAGUAAGAAGGGCUCCGUGGACAUUGAGAAGAUCACCUGCGUGGAGACAGUGGCACCUGAAAACAACCCUCCCCCUGAGCGACAGGUCCCGAGGAAAGGGGAGGAUUACAACAACAUGGAGCAGAUCUCAAUCAUCGAACGGUUCCCCUACCCCUUCCAGGUGGUCUAUGACGAGGGGCCCCUCUACAUCUUCUCCCCGACAGAGGAGCUGCGCAAGCGCUGGAUCCAUCAGCUGAAGAGCGUGAUUCGGUACAACAGCGACCUGGUCCAGAAGUACCACCCCUGCUUCUGGAUCGACGGCCAGUACCUGUGCUGCUCCCAGACAGCCAAGAACGCCAUGGGCUGCCGGAUUCUGGAGAGCAGGAAUGGCAGUUUAAAAGUCGGGCGGUCACAUCGCAAGACAAAGAAGCCCCUUCCCCCAACUCCUGAGGAGGACCAGAUGGUGAUGAAGGCUCUGCCUCCCAAGCCAGCCCCCAGCACAGCGGGGGAGAUGAAGAAGGUGGUGGCCCUCUACAACUACGAGCCGAUGAACGCGCAGGACCUGCAGCUGCAGAAGGGCGAGGAGUACUUCAUCCUGGAGGAGAGCCACCUGCCCUGGUGGAAAGCCCUUGACAAGAACGGGAGGGAAGGAUACAUCCCCAGCAACUACGUCACUGAAACCAGAAAUUCCCUGGAGAUCUUUGAGUGGUACUCAAAGAAUAUCACUCGGAGCCAAGCGGAGCAACUGCUGAAACAGGAGGGUAAGGAAGGGGGCUUCAUUGUCCGAGAUUCCACCAGCAAGACAGGGAAAUACACUGUCUCCGUCUAUGCCAAGUCCUCUGUGGACCCCCAAGGCACGAUCCGCCACUAUGUCGUCUGCUGCACCCCCCAGAAUCAGUAUUACCUGGCAGAAAAACACCUGUUCAACAGCAUCCCAGAGCUCAUCACCUACCACCAGCACAACUCUGCAGGGCUCAUAUCCAGACUGAAGUACCCAGUGUCUCAGCACAAGAAAAGUGCUCCUUCCACAGCUGGCCUUGGCUAUGGAUCGUGGGAGAUCGACCCCAAGGAUCUGACCUUCCUGAAGGAACUCGGGACGGGGCAGUUUGGCGUGGUGAAGUACGGGAAAUGGAGGGGCCAGUACAACGUUGCCAUCAAGAUGAUCAGGGAGGGCUCCAUGUCAGAGGAUGAGUUUAUUGACGAAGCCAAAGUCAUGAUGAACCUGUCUCACGAGAAGCUGGUGCAGCUCUACGGGGUCUGCACUAAGCAGCGUCCCAUCUUCAUCAUCACCGAGUACAUGGCCAAUGGCUGCCUCCUGAACUUCCUGAGGGAAGCACGGCAGCGCUUCCAGCCUGCCGAGCUGCUGGAGAUGUGCAAGGAUGUCUGUGAAGCUAUGGAGUACCUGGAAUCCAAGCAGUUCCUGCACAGAGACCUGGCUGCUCGAAACUGUUUGGUGAAUGACCAAGGAAUUGUGAAAGUGUCAGAUUUUGGUCUUUCCAGGUAUGUGCUAGAUGAUGAGUACACAAGCUCCAUGGGGUCCAAGUUUCCAGUGCGGUGGUCUCCUCCCGAAGUGCUGCUGUACAGCAAGUUCAGCAGCAAGUCUGACGUCUGGUCCUUUGGCGUCCUGAUGUGGGAAGUUUACUCCCUGGGAAAGAUGCCUUACGAGAGGUUUAACAACAACGAGACAACUGAGCACGUCAUCCAAGGCCUGCGCCUGUACCGGCCGCAGGCGGCCUCGGAGCGGGUCUACGCCAUCAUGUACAGCUGCUGGCACGAGAAGCCUGAGGAGCGCCCCACCUUCAGGGUGCUGCUGAGCAGCAUCCUGGACAUGGCCGACGAGGAGUGCUGACCGCGGGCACUGCCC